GAAGAAUGGGCUGGGUGAGAGGACAAACAGGAGAACAAAAAAGGAAAGAAAAGCAAAGAAAAGCCCUCCCCGGGUCCAGCGGGAUCAGGCCUGGAGGACUGUGGCUCGGCCCCGAGGCCAGAUGCCCAGAAGGAAUGCUGCAUCCACAGGGCGGGAGAGGGACAGGACAGGGGACACCCGGCUGCGGAUCCGCCAAGGGGUCCGACGGCCACUGUUGGCCAAGAGCCUUCCAGUGACCGAGAGGCAGGGAAGGGAGGAGGCUGGAGGCGCAGGCGUCCUGGGGGGAUCCCCAGGACCCAGCGCUGCUCUAAUGAGCCUGUCUCCCUGGCCCAUCCGGGUACCCAGAAUUGGGAUGGUCCUGAGUGGGAUCUGUGUCCCGAAGCAGCCUGCGCGCCCAAGCUGGCGAGCGGGCAGGCGACCUUGGGAGCCGCCGGCCUGCCAGAUGCUCAGCUAUGAUUGCCCUACUGGACCUCUGUCAUCUUGUCUACUCUCCUCAACGUCUCCUCUUCCCUACCCCAUCUUUCCUUCAGGCUUUGAAGACACCUUACUACCACCAUCUAUGAGGAUGAGUCUUCUGAAGGACCACGCCUUCGUUUUAAAGGUAGAAAGAUGGAGACACAGAGGCAUAAUGACUCUCAUGUGAUUACACAACCAGUAAAUGAUGGCACCAACAUUAGAAGCCAUGUCUAUGCCACACUGCCUUUAAUGACAACAUGGACCCAGAUACUCCCCCAAAAGAGCUAACAAGAAGUUUUCCAGC